AUGCUCCAAGCGCAGAGCCAACACGUCUUUUCCCACCAGCAGCAGUACCCGCAGGCUGAUCCCUCGUGGCUGCAGCACCAGCAACAUCAGCAACAGCACCACCAAGCCCAGGCACACCCCCAGCACCAGCAGCAGCAUGCCUCCCUGGUCGCUCAGCAGCACGCCCAAGUCCAGGCCGCCGCCGCCGCCGCCGCGCAGCAGCAGCAGCAGCAGCAGCAGCAGCAACAGCAACACUAUGGCCGUCUUGCCAUGAGCGGCAACGGUACUGCGAAUCCCGCGCAAGCCGCAGGCGGCGCUGGUGGCAUUGGGGGAGAGGGUCUGGCGAACGCGGUCUCCGUCAUGGACGGUGGGAUUAGCGAGGAGAACCGCAAGGUCUUCAUCUGGGUCGCAGAGCUUCUCGACCCCGCCCGUCGAGAGGCCGCUCUCAUGGAGUUGAGCAAGAAGCGCGAACAGGUUCCUGAGCUGGCAUUGGUAAUCUGGCAUUCCUUCGGUGUCAUGACGGCUUUGCUCCAGGAAAUUAUUUCUGUCUACCCCCUGUUGAACCCUUCUCAGUUGACUGCCGCCGCAUCAAAUCGAGUCUGCAAUGCGCUGGCGCUCUUGCAGUGUGUCGCAUCUCACAACGAGACAAGGACUCUUUUUCUGAACGCUCACAUCCCUCUGUUUCUAUAUCCCUUUCUCAACACGACCUCAAAAUCCCGCCCGUUCGAAUACCUCCGUCUGACUUCGCUGGGCGUUAUCGGCGCGCUCGUGAAGAAUGACUCGUCGGACGUCAUUAAUUUCCUCCUUACUACCGAGAUUAUUCCCCUCUGCCUUCGCAUCAUGGAGACCGGCUCGGAACUUAGCAAGACCGUCGCGAUCUUCAUUGUCCAGAAGAUCCUCCUGGACGAUAUCGGUCUGGCGUACAUCUGUGCCACAUAUGAGCGGUUCUAUGCUGUCGGCACAGUUCUAAGCAACAUGGUGACUCAGUUGGUAGAGCAACAAACGGUCCGACUUCUCAAGCACGUCGUGCGCUGCUUCCUUCGCGACAACAGCCGAGCCCGUGAGGCAUUGCGACAAUGUCUGCCCGAACCCCUCCGAGAUGCUACCUUCUCUUCUGUUCUCCGCGACGACGCAGCUACCAAGCGCUGCCUGGCCCAGCUCUUGAUCAACUUGUCGGAUAACGUCUCCGACGGAGCCCAGGCGGCCAUGUAA